GAAAAAUGAAAGAAAAAUGAAUUAUGUGUUUAUCAAUCGUACUUGCCUUUGAUGAGCCACGCAGAUUUGAAAACAGUGGUGACACGAUUAUGAAAUUAUAAAAGCGCAGAAUGCUUUGGAAGUUAUUUACUGAAAUUAUUAUACUUUAUGUGAUAACUACAAAUAUUUCUCUUGGUUCUUCUUAUUUCAAUCAUAAGAAUUAUGAGUGUAUAUUAGCAUCAAAAACUCCUUAUAGAUGUGUAGCUAAUUAUGAUGAUUCAGAACUGGAAAAUUCAGAUUGCGAGGAGAAAAAAAUUUGGUUAAUUCUGCGUCAUGGGACACGAUAUCCAGGCAAGAAGUACAUACCUCGUAUGAUAGAUGAAUUGCCACGAUUGCAACAUAUAAUAUUAAAAAAUUAUGAAGACCAUGCAAUAAAUCUCUCAGCUGAUGUUGCAGCUUUCUUUAAGCAAUGGAAAUUACAAAUUACUCAACGUGACGUGAUGAAAUUGGCACCAGAAGGGGAGAAUGAAAUGAUUGAUCUUGGAGAAAGAUAUCAGGCAAGAUUCCCAUCUCUGAUGCCAGAAAUGUAUAGCAAUCAAACCUACAAAUUUAGAUUUACUUCCACUCAACGUACAGAAGAGAGUGCAAGACAUUUUGCUGUUGGUUUAUUUGGUUGGCGUAAUAGUAAAAAUGUUCUGUAUCCAGAACCAGUGUAUCGAGAUCGAGUGAUAAGAUUUUACAAAGCUUGUCCUCGAUGGCGCAAAGAAGUUGACAAGAAUUUUAAUUCAACACUAGAAAAGAUAAAAUUUUUGAACAGCACAAUUGUAAGAGAUAUGUUAAAUAAUAUUAAAAAUCGUAUUGGCUGCAAUAUCAAUUAUGAAACUGCUCAUUUGAUGUAUAUAAUGUGUGCCUUUGAAACUGCUUGGAACCAUAGUACAGUAUCUCCCUGGUGUCUAGUAUUUUCAUUAAAUGAUUUCAAGGUCUUUGAAUAUGCGGAAGAUCUAGAAUUGUAUUGGACUGAUGGGUAUGGCUACUCACUGACCUAUGAACAAGCAUGCCCUGCCUUAAAGGAUAUGUUUGACUUCUUUAAAUCCAAGGAUGGGGUAAAAACAACCGCUUAUUUUACACAUUCCGGAACAAUUUUGAAAUUAUUGGCUUUACUUGGAGUAGCUAAAGAUACGCAUCCUUUAAUGCAUAAUUCCUUGGUAUUAGACAAAGAAGAUAAAAGAGUAUGGAGAACCAGUAUGAUUGAUGCGUUUGCAUCUAACAUGGCAUUCGUUUUAUAUGAUUGUGCAUCCUAUGGACCAAGUAUUCUAUUCAUGCUUCAGGAACGACCACUGUAUUUGCCGGGCUGUCCAAUAGGUAUACCGUGUCCAAUAUCUAUUAUGAAAGAGAUAUAUCCAGAUCUUGACGAGGAAUGCCAGUUUGACGUCAUGUGUCACGUAAAACAUGAAAACAAAAAUUGACAAUGCUUUUCGUAGAUAAAUUCUUUUAUUUAGAUAAAUUUUGAAUGAAAAUAUAUAAAAAUAAUUUAUUCUUUAAAACAAUUUUCUUAAAUAUAGAAGUUUCACUGAAAAGUAUUUUAACACACUUAUUGAUGAAUGUAGAAUCUAUUUUUGAAAGAUAAAAAAA